GUCAGACGCUCGAUCCUGCUCCCUCGGAAUCACUGUCAGCUCGCCGCAUGACAUCCAUCCCAAGACAAUGAGCCGCUCUGUUUCACCGUCACCCUCCGCCUCUGACAAGGAGCAUGCGUUGUCUGCAUCGUCAGAUUCCGACCGCUCGUCAAGCACUCGUCCCCAGCUCGGAAAGCGCAAACGCUCGACGAUUCUACGCCAGACUACAACGGACGAAAGCCCGGAGGUAGAUGAAGAAGAUGUCCCUGCUCUUUCUCAUGCUGAGAGAAGGAGGCAAAAGAAGAAGCAGAAGAUGCAAAAAGGAGAUCAGCCGGCCAAGUCGCCUGAGGCCACCCACUCUGACCCAAAAUCUCGGGACGCAAAAACCGAAUCAUCGGCCAAACGCCAGCAUUCUGUUUGGGUCGGGAACCUGUCUUUCAAGACGACAGAGGAUGCACUCAAGGCAUUCUUCGAUGGCGUCGGCGACAUCACUCGCAUUCACUUGCCACUCAAACCUCCAGUGAACGGACAGCGUGGGCCUGGCGUUCGAAAAGAGAAUAGAGGCUUUGCAUACGUUGACUUUGCAACUGCCGGCGCCAAGCAAGUCGCCAUCGCAAUGUCGGAACAAAAUCUUGACGGCCGGAGAUUACUGAUCAAAGAUGGCGACGACUUCACUGGCCGUCCUGCUCCCUCUGCAGAUAGCGAAACAACAGCAAGUUCGGAUGCUCAAACCAAAAGCGCACGAAAAAUCCUCGCCGCCCAAAAGCAGCCCCCGGCACCUACUCUGUUCAUCGGGAAUUUGGGCUUCGAGGCAACGGAAGAGAGUAUUAGGGGAAUGCUAGAAGCGCACAAAAAGAAAGGCGUGAAUGGGAAGCAACGGGAUGAGCAAGCUAACCCGGACCUGCAAGACAACGAUAAGGUUGCCGAUCAGUGGAUACGCAAGAUUCGUCUGGGAACUUUUGAAGAUACGGGCAAGUGCAAAGGCUGGGCUUUCGUUGACUUCGUUUCGGUGGAGGCUGCCACCUGCGCCCUCGUGAAUCCCAAGAAUCACAAGUUGGACGGCAGGCAACUCAAGGUCGAGUAUGCAAGCGCGGACGCCGUUCGACGCGGUGGUGGGAGCAGCCUCAUGCCCGGGGCACCGACCAGCGGGGAAAAGGUCAAGCCAAGGAGGGGAAAAGGCGAUCAAGGGCCAGAAACGUCAGGAUUCAACCCGAAGAAACGGCGGAAUGGAGACGGAGACGGCCGUAAAAGUGCAUUUCGCAAGGAACGACGCUUCGAUGAUGAGCCGGGACUGGAAGCAGCACCCAUCGAGCAGGAGGAUGCGUUUGUGGCGACCGCUCGUGCAGAGGACAGGCCCAGCAAGAUUGGCCCGGGAAAGGACCGCAGCUCGAGAUCGAAAUCCCGCGCCAAACCGGGAGCUGCGCUGGCUCAGGCGCAGAGGCAGUCGGUUGCCAUACAACCUGCUCAGGGUUCAAAGAUAGUGUUCUAAUUCCUGUCGGGCCAUGUUCAUCUUUGUCGGCGUUGGUGCUUCUCCUAUGUGUUGUACAUGCAGAAUCGUCGAGGCAUGGCGGCGCAUGCUUCUAACAAAGUAAAAGUUGGAUUCACCAAGGAUGC